AUGGAUGCUCUCAUCGACAAUUCAACUACACUCAGCGUAUCUGCAGAAGCUGUUUUGUGCGAUCAAGAGCCGCAUCCACUUAUACGCUCAAUAUUCAUAAGUUGUGGAACUGUUGUUGCGAUUGUUGGUUGCUUCGCCAAUCUGCUACUCGUCUAUGUUUUUAGCAGCUCCACACGACGUGUCAGUCCGUUUCAGAUAUACCUAUCAACAUUGGAUUUUUUGUUUUGUCUUCUCUUCAUCAUAUGCUUUGCAGCAUUGAGAUUUUCACAAAUGUUUCAUAUAGAAUGGUUAUACAUAUUUCUCAAAAAUAACAGCGUUUCGUUAUAUAUUCUGAGUAGAAUAGUGCAAUUAGAAAUACCCUAUGUUCUAAUAGCUAAUACUGCUGAUCGUUUGAAAUUCUUCGAUUUUGCUCGCAAUCGAAGGAUGUUUCAAAUUGGAGUAAUAAUAGCCACACAGCUUGUUGCAACAUUCGUUCGAGUACCUGGCUACUUUGCCAUGGAAGUAACUGAUAUUCCCGGGUGUGAACUGUUUACGAGUAAAAUUCUGACAGCUGUCGAAUUGUCUGAAGAACUCAUUGAUGUAUACGUCUGUUUUGAUUUAGUUGUACAGUUUUUCCAUUUGUUCGUCUCGUUCAUCAUUCUAUGCGUACUGAAUGUGAUUGUUGUCAUGAAGUUACAUUCAUCACAUAAGAGAGCUGCCAAAGGAAAUACUCAUAUGAACAUCAUAUACUCUAAACAGGAAGAUAGAGAUGAAGAGCAGAAGAAAGAGCAGAAGCGCUAUAGAUUUGCAGUUCACGCCACCAUUUGGAUAAUCUCAUCUUAUCUGGCUUGCAACAGUGUGAACUUUAUUCUUUAUCUCAUCGAAAUGUUCGACAAAUCCUCAAUUCAGGACAACGUUGGAAACUUCAACGUUUGGUAUGUACUCUUCAGUGAUAUUGGUUCAAUACUAUUCAUACUUUCUUCAACUAUUCGACUAUUCAUUUUGUAUCGUUAUAACCUAGAUGUCAGAGAAGAGAUACGCGCUGUAGUUGGAUUAGGCUCACAAAAGUUUUGGUGA